UAAUCCCACAGCAAGAAUGGUUCGACUCACUCUGAGACAUAUAAUAUCCACAGGAUACAUUCCAACAACCGAUAAAGGCAAUGUUCAAUGCAUAGAAGCCGAGUCUCUUAUUAAUUCACCGAGUCACCUCGUUAAAACGCUCGAGAAGUCAUUGAACACGAAUCAUACUAACAUACAAUGUGAUACUAAUUCUGAAGACGAUUCAUUUUUAGAAGACGUAGAAAUGCUUAAAGAGUACGAUAAUAUCAGAGAUGCAGAAAAUGUUGAUCCACUUAAUAUAUAUAAUGAAAAUGCUAUUACAUAUUUUGCUGGAUACAUAGCGCGACGAAGCGUUGCAAAAACGAAGUGUGAUAAUUGUCGUAAUUGCAUGAUGAAAACACCAAUGGAUAGCGCUGCGGAAAAUGAGAUGUAUAUUGAAUUUCGAGAAUAUCCAAACGCAGAUGAAGAUGCUCCUACAGUAACAAAAUUAGUACGACCAAAAGACAUCUUUAUCAAAGUGGUCCAAACGCAAUUAGAGGUAUUCAAUCGUACAUGGCAAUAUUAUUGGGCAUCAAAGCAAAUUCUGGAUAAAAUAACGAAUGAGUGUGUUAAUGUAACAAAUGAGAAACAUUUAGGAUAACUGGAUAAAAAU